UUUGCGCAGGGGGGCGAAAAAGUCGAAACUUCGCAUGAGUAAGCCGACGAUGCCGGCGGCGACGGCAGUUGCGCCGCGACAGUCGGAUGCUGCUGAAGGCGAUGCUAGGGGUGUUGGCAUCUCUAGUUCGACACACACGAUGGCCGAUGGCAAGACAAUCAACUACUCUGCAGAGCGCAUCAUUGGCAACGGCAGCUUUGGCGUUGUGUUCCAAGCAACGAUCGAAGAGACGGGUGAAGUCGUGGCAAUCAAGAAGGUGCUCCAGGACAAGCGUUUUAAGAACCGCGAGAUGCAAAUCAUGCGCCAGCUCCAGCACGACAACAUUGUCCAGCUCAAACACUGCUUCUACUGCAACGGCGAAAAGCCCGACGAAUUGUACUUGAACCUUGUCAUGGAAUACAUCCCCGACACACUGUACGGUGUUGCCCGACAGCUCCAGCGCAGCAAGCAACUCAUGCCGAUCGUGCUGGUGAAAUUGUACAUAUACCAGAUCUGUCGGGCGCUGGGGUACACGCAUUCGAUGGGAGUCUGCCACCGCGACAUCAAGCCGCAGAACCUCCUCUUGAACCCGACCUCGCACGUCGUCAAGAUCUGUGACUUUGGCAGUGCCAAAAUGCUCCAGAAGAACGAGCCGAAUGUGUCGUACAUAUGCUCACGGUACUACCGCGCGCCGGAGCUCAUCUUCGGCGCGACAGACUACACGACUGCGAUCGACGUCUGGUCCCUCGGGUGUGUCUUUGGCGAGCUCUUGCUUGGGUCGCCCCUGUUUCCCGGAGAGAGCGGCGUCGAUCAGCUUGUCGAGAUCAUCAAGGUGCUGGGGACGCCGACGCGGGACCAGAUCGAAGCGAUGAACCCGAAUUAUACCGAGUUCCAGUUCCCUGAAAUCAACGCGCAUCCGUGGUCCAAGGUCUUCCGUAGUCGGACGCCGCCUGAAGCCAUCGACCUCAUCACCAAGAUGCUCGAAUACGACCCCACCAAACGGAUCAAGCCGUUGGAGGCUGCUGCCCAUCCGUUCUUCGACGAGCUCCGCCAAGAUCCGGCGGGGUUCCCUCUUGCGCUGCCUCAGAACGUCGACCCGCCGGUCUUGUUCAAUUUUACGUGGCAGGAGCUGAAAAGCGUGGACGUAGCGACCCGCGAGAUCCUCGUGCCCAAGGACGCUCGAACGGCAUCCAACUGGCCGGUCGACGAGACUGGCGCCUGGCCAUCAGAUGCAGCACCUGUCGAAGGAGGUGCGGCCCUUGUUGUGCCGACAACGUCACAAUCUUGACCGAUUGGCGACGCGUGAAACAUCCACAUCAGCACAGAGGGAUACCAGCACAGCACUGUCCGCGCAACCCCUUCGAUUUUAUGUUUGUAAUGGCGAAUUGGAGCGUCCUGGAGGUUGCAUCGCCUUGGUUCGACCACCGUCGGCAUCUGCUUCGCAAACGCUUCCACGCAGAGCUGACUGAGCCGACAUUUGCCGUGGGACUGGAAACUCAACGGGG